UUUUACGCAUAAAUUUAUUUUAAUUGCAUAUCGAUUCCCGCGGUAGCUUCAAGUUCAAUGGUGUCCCGAGUGAUCCUUCCAUGUUUGUCGUUCGAGUGCGUGUGUAGUUUCACUUUCUGGUCGUCCCAUUAAUACGCUACCAUUAUUGCCCGGUGCUGUUGUGAGUCCGAUAAUUAGUGCGAACAAUUAAAGAGCAAAAAUCACAACCCCACUGGUACCAUUCAACCCUCCUGCGCAACAAAGAAGAAUAGGUGUGUCUAACAAACGAACAAAAAAAACACACCACGGUGGCCGGUGGGCAAAUAGAUCGCGCCCGAUCGGGCAUCGCGAUAAUAUGGAGUGAAAUAUUACACCCAGCGGCUCACGCGAGUGAUAAGAUGAUAAAUUGGUGUGUGCGGCCGCCAUUAUCAUAUGUAAUCCCAGCCGGGGGGGAAACUCGAAUUGGCCGCACCCUCUCCGACGUCUCCGCCAAACAACAGACACACCAGCUGCAGCGUGUCUCAGCACCGCCCAGUCGAUUGGCGAUAAUGGAAAUGGAAAUCGUUCGAUCAGUGCUGCUCACCGUCGUGUAUUAACGCUGUAUGUGAAUUAGUAUGUGUGUUUGUGUGGAAUGAAGCGCUUUCCGGGGAAAUAUUAAGCCCAAAAAGGGGAAAUUAUACCUACAAUCAUGCAAACUGCUACCGAGAAAGGCUUCAGUUUGAAGAGCAAAAGGUGAAAAUACGGUCGGCGCUAGUGAGAAAAAGGUGAUGAACCUUUCCCCGCACGGCUGACCACGACCUAUACGCAAUUAGCCCGCCCCAGAGCAGGGUGUAAUUUAUUGUUUUCCUAGAAGGUUAUUAUUACUAUUUGUGAAGUGCAGAGAGCGAGAGAGAGAGAGAGAGCGAAAGUGAAAAGGAAGGGGGUGUUUCCAAAUAAAAAGCACGAGCUACAGUUGUGACCGGCAUAAACAUCUUCUUUUCUCGUGCGUAAUGUGUGAACGAUUUCAUCUGGAUUAAGCAGACAGGCUGCUCGAAAACCCGUGUCUGAUCUCAUCAUUAACACUUCGCCCCUUUUUUUUUGUGCACCAGUGCAACCAGCGACGGAACUCACCCAGAUAGUGGCCUGUGAACGUAGUGGUGGUGUACUCAACGCCUGUACAAUGUUGCGUGAGCAAGUAGUGAAGUGAAAAGCAACAAGAACGGCAAUAUUUAUCUACCCCCGAAGGGUAAGACUGCCCCCCGCCUGGGACUGCAAUCCGGUGGGCCUUGUGUCUUUCCGCGGGACCUUCCGGGUGCUCGCUGCACGAUAGAUUAAAAAGCACGGAUUUUAUUGCGCAUUCUCUCGCUCGCUGCGCGUGAAGCUGUGUAGUGAAGGGAACAAUAAUUAAGUGAAAUGAUUUUUGCCUGGCAACGGCAACCGAACGGCAGCCCGAACCACCCGAACGGAGGGCAGCAGCAGCAGCAUCACAACCGGUACAAUGUAACCGACCACCGUGGCGUCUGUUUUGUGGUUGUUCAACAGCAGCAGCAGCACCACUGCCGGUGGCACCGGAACGCGUAGAGCACGCCCGAGCGACGCCGACGCCGACAGCCUCCGACAAGCUUCCAGAUUUUUUGCCAAAAACAAAGGGGUGUGUUUGUGUGUUUUUUGUUAGCUACAGAAGCGCACCGCUGUACCAGCUGUUUAAGCCCAAUCCUAGCCAACAACACAAAAACACGGGGAGUCACUAAAUUAGUGGCCACCGAAGCAAAGUAAGCAAACAAAAAAGGGCCAGCCCGGAAAAAAAUAAAGUAGUGUGCGGGGAGUUUGCACAUUAAAAGCAUAAGCCGCACCACCGCAGGCAAACAAGAAAUAGUUUAUCCGUACCGGUGCCCAUCCGAACCCCUCCUCCCGCCAGGCAGGAGCUGAAGCCAACCAUGAAGUCUGCCAUCCUGUAUCCGUACGGUCCGCUGCGCGCUAAUGGUUGCUGCCGGAUGCUGCACGCCAAACAUUUGGCACUAACGAGCGCCAUCUACACCCUGAACAUUUCCAUCCUGGUGGUACUGCUGUACUCGUGGCGCAUCAGCGUGAACGUGAAGAAGUACGGCGACCUGGAGGAUGUGUACUACGGCGUGCAGAUAGCGUACUUCGCCAUCAUCGGUACGCAGUGUUCGAUGAUACUGCUCAGCGUGGUGCUUAUUUUCGGCAUCUAUCGGGAGAACAUUGGACUGGUCGUGCCGUGGAUAAUCGGAUUUAUCACCUUCAUGGCACUGGAAGCGGUCGCAAUGGUCUACUCGAACGUACUGCGCGACCACGUGAACCGGCAGUUCGAUUCGCUCUGCAAGGCGGAGGUGGCGUUCUUCAUAUCGCGCGCCAUCAUCAAUAUAAUGGCGAUGUGGGCGGUGACGCGCUUCUACAACCUGCUGCGCGCCGGCGUUACCUGGAAGGGCCCGGAGCUGAUCGAGCUAUGACACAACUCGAACGAGACGGAAA